GCCCAUUGUCGCUGGGCUCUGUAAGUUUGCAUUCGGUGCAGUUCGGUUGUUGGUUUUUCGGGAGCAUCCGGGAUGUAGUUAAAGAAGUACUAGUUUUAAAAAUUGAUAUUUAUCAAGUGUAAAAUCCACAAUGCAGACGAACAAUGGCUUUUUUACAAGUUUCAUACCCGUAAAGAUCUACCAAUCGACCAGUUCGCUGUACAUGACCUGCAUAUCGAAAGUGCCACGGAACUCCGUUCAGCCGGAGUGCGAUCAGAGUUUGGUGAUCGAACAGGCCCUGGUCUCCGCCGUGGACGAGACUCUGCGUCCUUUGGACUACGAGAAGAGGCAGCGGGAGGCCCGUAAGAUUCUACUCAAAUCGCAGGAGAAUCUGCUCCAGCACAUGAACGCCAGCCAGAUGCCCAUGGAUGCAGACGGCAAUCUGACGGAUGACGAGGACGAGGACGAUGAGGAGAACGCACGGAAGCCAGUGCGUCUCAAGUCGAGGAUAUUGCUAAACGAGUACCAAAAGCUGUACGAGGCGCCAACACAAACUGUCCUCAAGGACAUCGUGCCCCUGGAGGCGAUUGUGCAGUACUCAUGGCUUUUACUGCGGCUCUUGAUCGUGGCUGUUAGCGUUUUUGUUCUGAUCAAGUGCGGCCAUUGACUAUUUCCUAUGAGCGAUCUGCAGAAUCUAUCUAUGAAUCGAAUGGUGGCGAAUGCGGUGACCAAAACAAAACGUCGAAUCAAGUAAAUCAUAUAAAGACCGGGAAAAAUUGAGGAAAUACCGCUUAUGUAAAGUAGAAUAUCCGCUGCCAGGCGAACGGAAGGCGAGGUGCGAAAACAAUAAAAAGCGGACGGAAGUGGACAGGGACGGAAACCGAACGACGACGGCCUCAUCAUAGACAUAUGUACAUAUAUUGUAAUCCAUGGACCUAUUGGGCUAUCGGGCUACCGGGCAUUUUGAGUCUUCUGUCUGUUGCCAAUUUGUCGAAAUGCUUUUUCCGCUUUUCCGGCCCGGCGCCCUAAUUGAAUUUCGUUUCGUAAAGGAAAUGACUUAACCAAAAAAAGAAGA